AAUGCAGCAGAGAAACAUAAAACCAGCUCAGUCCUAAGCGUUGCAUGAUAAGGAGCGCAUCUUUCUUUUUCUUUUUUUUUUUUUCUUUUUUUUUUCGCUCCCCCGUACUUUUGUAAGAAGCCAAGCAUUUAUAGGAGAGCAUUCGGCAUCAUCAGCUGUUCGAGGUUGGACUCUCAUUGCUGGAAGUCGGAGCUGAAGGAGUCACAUGACAGAACUGGAGGCAGGGAGCUAGAGAGAGGAAAAAGGCUCAGCAUUCCGCCUCGCACCGCCAUACUGUAGCCUCUUUUGAGCCAUUUCACAUUUUUAUUGCAACAUUUUACUCCCGCUCGGAGGGCAACUGGAGGAGAAUGACUGGUAAAACCCAGACCAGCAACGUGACCAAUAAGAAUGAUCCUCGUUCCCUCAACUCCAGAGUCUUCAUCGGGAACCUCAACACAGCCAUCGUUAAGAAGACCGACAUAGAGGUCAUCUUCGCCAAGUACGGCAAGAUAGUGGGUUGCUCUGUGCAUAAAGGUUACGCGUUUGUACAGUACAUAAACGAAAGGAACGCCCGAGCCGCCGUGGCAGGAGAAAACGCCCGGAUCAUUGCUGGACAGCCUCUAGACAUAAACAUGGCGGGCGAGCCCAAGCCUUACAGGCCCAAAGGCGGCUCCAAGCGGCCGCUCUCAGCUGUUUACAGCGGUUACGAGUUUGAUUACGAAUACUACAGGGAUGAUUUCUACAGCAGGCUUUUUGAUUACCACGGCAGAGUGGCCCCCCCACCCAGAGCUGUGAUCCCCCUGAAACGCUCCAGGGUCCUCGCUCCUUCCUCUCGCCGUGGGAAGACUUCCUUCCCUGUCAAAACAUCCUCCUCUUCUUCCUCUUCAUCCUCCAGACCUCCAACAUCAUCCUCCUCCUCAGGUGUCAAAUUGAAGACGGACCAGCUCCAGACCAUUAAACGAGAGCUCACCCAGAUCAAAAUGAAGAUCGACUCUUUACUGGGACGCCUGGAGAAGAUUGAGAAGCAGCAGAGGACAGAAUCCGAGGCUCAACGAAAAUACGAAGACAACUGCGACUCCCUGCACGAGGAGUCUGUGUCGGAGACGGCAGAAAACUCUGGGGAGGAGGCAGGCGAGGGGGCGCUGGACGUGGAGGCGGGCGAGAUGACCGAUGGAGGGGAGGACGACUACGAUGAGGAGGGCAGCCACCAUCUGAUAGAGAACCACGUAUCGGACAUCGACAACUGAGAAAAGGGCGAAGAAGCAAGCUCUCCUGGUUGUAGGUUUUAGAUAUCAUCAUCACCUUCGAGAGGCAGAAUAAAAAGGAGUUUGUGAAACAUGAGGAUUCGGGGACUGUAAAUUGUGUUUUGGAGAUGCCAAGUCGUGUUUGCAGCACAAACUGUUAAAGUAAAAUUUACCCAAGACCUGUUUUAACGUUUUUGUCCUGGAGUUUACUUCAAAAAGCAGCUUAUCACACAAAAGCACGAAAGGAAACAGGAAGAUUUAUAAAUAUUUGUUGAUGCUUUUAUGAAAUGUGCUUGCGCUGUAAUCUUACUACUCCUUUCUUUAGGCGUUUUUAUUUCUCAAACAUCAAAUGAAUAAGUGAAGGUAAGGACAAUCUCCGGUCGCAGAGUGGCACUCAGAAAAUAAAUGAGACGCCGCCGCCGUCUGCUUUUGGAUUUGGACUCAUGCAUAAGCCAAUAGCUGUGAGCAAAACGCCGUCCAGCUUUAUCCAUUUAUCACACAAGCGUCCCUGUGGGGCUGUUCCACCGUGCAUCUCCACUCCUGCCAAGUUUCAGAAGCAGCGAGGGCUUCCUGUGGCGGAGCGAGCCAACCCUGGCAGGGACCUCCUGAUGGGGAAGCAGGGCCCCGCUCGGCCCCGUGCAUCCCAACAUGCACUGCUGCUGUUCUCCUGCUCCAUCGCCGUCAUUCUGCACUGAUUCACAGCAUCUCAUCCAGGCGAGAGAGCGAAGCAGGAGCUUUCAAAAUGAUCGAGGGUUUGUUUUUUAUUAAGUUUCUACAACAGAGAAUAAGGGCCAAACUAAGAAAAUAAAAAAAUUUAUGUUAGGAAAAUAAAAGUCAUAAAAUUAUGGAAAUAAACAAGAUUAAAGUCGUAGUGUUACGAGAAUAGUAAUAUUACGACUUUAUUCUCAUGUGAGUUUAUUCCCAUAAAUGUGUGACUUUACUCUCAUAUUUAUUUAUAUUUUUCUUAGUAAUGCCCCAAUACUCCAUUGUAAGUCUAGCGUAUUUUAUUGGGAUUUAACUUGACAGAUCAGCACAAUAAAACUUGGUUCUAAAACAUUUAAAUAUAUUCAGCCCAUUUUAAUAUAACGAACCUUAAGUAAGAUGAAUUAUAACCACUUUCUGUCGUUUGAUUCAGGUGUGUUAGUGCAGAUACGAUUAAAAACGCCAUUUUGUUUCAGAGUCAUGCAGCUCUAAAUAAAUUUAGCUGAGCUGGACCAAAUGCAAAUGUGGCUCCAGAGAACUAAUAAAAUCAAAAAGUCAGUUUUACCAGAAAAAUAAAAUGAUCUCUCUUAGACUGCAGAACUUGCUUCAAAAUCCUCAAAGAUGCUUUUUUCCCUGUUACUUCUGCCACAUUUUUUCCUUUUGCUAAACUUCCCAGCUUCUUUAGAAACUACAUUUUGUGGCCUGCCUGUCUUACUUUGGGUGUCCAACUUCAGGUUUUAAGCGCCGAUGUUUUGCCAGUUUUAGAUGUAUUUUCACUCCAACAAAGCCGAUUCAAAUGUCGAAGUUCUGCAGAAGAUCUGCUACUAAAGCAUCAUCUGAUUCAGGUGUUGAACCAGAGAAAGAGCCGAAUCUCGCAGGAUACCAGCCCUCGAGUUUGGGCUGGUAUCCUGCGUAUCCUGCGAUACCAGCCCAAACUAGUUUACAGUUUGGGCUGUUUACAGCAAUUUAAUUGCUGUAAACAAUUAAAUUUGUUUACAGCAAAUUUAAUUUGCUGUAAACAAAUUAAAUUUCAAGAUUUUUCAUUAGCUAUAAGACAAAAUUAUCAAAACUAACAGAAAUACAGGUUAAAUUAUGUUGCAUUCUUAAGUAAAAUACAAAUUUCUCUUCUUAAAAUGAGAUUAAAAUUGAUUUUUUUUUUGACCACUGAAAAUAAGAGAAGCAGAUGUUUAAACUUUAAAGCAGAAUGUGAAGAAAAGCUCACUUCUCUCACUUUCAUAAACAAACCCAUCAGGUGCUGCCAAAAAACCGCUUAAAAAAUCAGAAACUGCCUUCAGCUCAUUCAAAGUCGGUGUCUGUUUAAUAAUGAUAAAGUGUAAUAUUUAGCACUAUUUUUGUAUCCAGGACACAUUUACUGAGAGAGAUCUGGCUCAUGUUUUCUCUGUUUUGUUUUAUUAUUAAGCAGUACGGUGAUGCGUCACAUCUUUUGCAAAUAAAAAUAAUCACACAAAGAAAAGUAAAAAAUUAAAAAAAGGAAACACUCCUUUCUUUCAUCUGUCAUCGUUUAUCUGGGUCACUUUGGAGCGUUUCUGGCUCGUUCGCUGUAAUUAAUCCCUUCCAUGUUUAUUUCAGCCGAUAACGACUAGUAGCAAAGUGACGCUGUGCUGACAGUUUGUUGAAAACUGGCUCGCUCCAGUAUUGUGGGACUUGUAGAGACGUGUAAGUGACAACUGUUGUAUAGAAAUGUACAUUUUUUUGUAAAGAUAUUUUUAUCAAACGGCAUGUUUACUGUAACUUUGUAUUUUCAGUUUUCAUUAUUACUCUAACUGUUGUGAGGCUGCUGGAGUCGUUGUCCUUGUAGAUAACUUUGUGUUCUUAUUGGUGAAUAAAACUAUCGUGUCCUGUA